AUGGAUAUAAGAAUACCUGCAUUUCGAGCUGUUCGGAUGGUUAUUCAUUGGUUUUCCCAUUGGAAUAAUCGACAACGUCAAUUAUUCCUGUUUAUAUGGGAUAACUUGGAGGAAAUCUAUCCCCUAUUAUCUAGUGAACCACAAGCAACGACUUAUUCAAACAAUCAUUAUGAUAAUGUCAGCGAUAUACUGACGGAUAUAUUCUUUGCAGACUUGAUUAGUUCUAAUCUACAAAUCGAUCAUGCACCAUCUACUGUAUUCGAAUUUCAAUUGUUCUUAUUUCGCAUCUGGUAUCCUCAGUGGCCAAUGGAACAACGUCUUCAGCUUAUAAAUAGUUUAGAAGUGUAUUAUAUGUUGUUGGAUUGA